UGAGUGUCAUGGCGGCCACCCGUCUCGUCGGGGCUUCCCGGGUAUGGGCCGGCUGGCGGCUCCGGGAGCUCCCGGUCCGCGAGGGACUUGGAUCACUCUUUAUCCGGGAAUACGCCAAGAAGCCAGUCAUCAAGGGCAGCAAAGGCGGCAAGGGCGCGGUGGCCGCUGAGGCACUGAAGGACCCGGAGGUGUGCACAGACCCCACCUGGCUCACUACACACGCCAUGGGAGUCAACAUCUACAAGGAAGGCCAGGACGUGGCCCUGAAACCGGCCUCCGAGUACCCUGAGUGGCUGUUCCAGAUGAACUUGGGCCCCCCCAAAAAACUGGAGGAGUUAGAACCGGACUCCCGCGAGUACUGGCGCCUGUUGCGCAAACUGAACAUCUGGCGUCACAACCGGCUAAGCAAGAACAAGAAGCUGUAAUGUGA